GACAAAACAACCGAACUCUAUCUCUCUUCUUUCUUCUUCUUAUUUAUUUAUUAACAGCAACCAAGAAAGAAAGAAAUGAAAAACAGCGUAAUAAUAAUUUUAUUUUAUAAUUAGAAAAAGAAAAACAAGUCAGCCGCCAUUCAGUCAAACCCACGAGUUUUGACCAAAACACAGUCAACAAUCUCCGAAGAGACUCCCCUUCCAGGAACCAUCCUCUUCUUCGUUCUUUCUUUCUUCAAUACCCUCCUCCCUUUCCUUCUUUAACUUUCUCUUUUCACCAUUUCUCUUCACAAAUCUCUCUUCUUCUUCUCUCAUGGCCUCCUCUUCCGGGAGCUUAGACACCUCUGCUAAUUCUCAUCCCUCCUUUACUUUCUCUACUCAUCCUUUUAUGACUUCUUCUUACUCUGACCUUCUUGCCUCUGCCAACAACGAUCCUCCUUCCUCCGCUCCUCUCCGCGGUUCCGGUACCGGAGUUCCUAAAUUCAAAUCCCUCCCUCCCCCUUCUCUCCCUCUCUCUCCUCCCCCCAUGUCUCCUUCUUCCUUUUUCGCCAUUCCUCCUGGCUUGAGUCCCGCCGAGCUUCUUGAUUCCCCUGUUCUUCUCAAUGCUUCUCAUGUUCUGCCGUCGCCGACCACUGGGACUUUCCCGUCUCACUCGUUGAAUUGGAAGAGCAAUUUUGGAUAUAAUCAGCAGAACAUUAAGGAAGAAAACAAAUAUUCGUCUAAUUUCUCAUUUCAAACUCAAUCUUCAAAGCUCCCGCCGACGUCUUUUCAGCCUUUAUCCACCACAGCUCCCACGACUCAGGGAUGGAGUUUUCAAGAACAGCGCAAGAAGGAGGAUGGUUUUUCGUCCGAGAAGAAUAUGGUGAAGCCGGAGUUUGGAUCGAUGCGGAGCUUCUCACCGGAAUAUGGGGUUGUUCAAAACCAGAGCCAAAACAACAGCAGCGGGGAGUUGCAGUCUGAUUAUGGCAACAAUUACCCUCAACAAUCUCAGACGGUGAAUCGAAGGUCUGACGACGGCUACAACUGGAGAAAAUACGGCCAAAAACAGGUUAAAGGAAGUGAAAAUCCGAGAAGCUAUUACAAGUGCACUUUCCCCAAUUGCCCAACAAAGAAAAAAGUUGAAAGAUCCUUAGAUGGACAGAUCACGGAGAUCGUUUACAAAGGCAGCCAUAACCAUCCCAAGCCCCAAUCCACGAGGAGGUCGUCGCUGUCGUCGGUCGGUUCUUCUCAAGCGAUAGUGGCUUUGAAUCAGGCCGCUAACGAGAUGGCGGACCAGUCAUUUACAACCCAAGGCAGUGGCCAAUUUGACGGCGUUGCAACACCGGAGAAUUCCUCGAUUUCAAUCGGCGACGACGACUUCGAUCGGAGCUCUCAAAAGAGCAAAUCCGGAGGGGACGAUUUUGAUGAGGAAGAACCAGAGGCUAAGAGAUGGCGAAGGGACGGUGACAACAAUGAAUGUAUUUCGGCUGCCGGCAGCCGAACGGUGAGAGAGCCGAGAGUCGUCGUCCAAACUACCAGCGACAUCGACAUUCUCGACGACGGUUACCGGUGGAGGAAGUACGGCCAGAAAGUUGUGAAGGGAAACCCAAAUCCAAGGAGUUACUACAAAUGCACAAAUCCAGGAUGUCCAGUAAGAAAGCAUGUAGAGAGAGCUUCACAUGAUCUAAGGGCAGUGAUAACAACUUACGAAGGGAAGCACAACCACGAUGUUCCACCGGCACGUGGCAGUGGAAGCCAUUCCCUCAGCCGUCCAUUCCCCAACAACGAUCCUCCGGCCGCGAUUCGCCCAUUAUCGGUAGUGACCCAUCAGUCAAACAACGGGGGGCAUCCGCAGGGUCUGCGGCUGCAGCAGCGAUCUUCGGAUUCCCAAUCAGCGUUCACAGUGGAAAUGGUACAAAAUGGGAAUGGAUUUUCAUUCCCAGAAUUUGGAAACUCAAUGGGAAUGGGAUCCUACAUGAACCAAACACAGCCCAAUGACAAUUUGUUCACAAGAGCCAAAGAAGAGCCAAGAGAUCAUGAUAUGUUCAUCCAAUCUCUCCUAUGUUAAGAGAGUUUAGCUGAAACAAAGGGGUUUUUCAAAAUUUCUCCCUCUUUUGGGGUUUCUUCAAAUCACCCAAAACUUCAAAUCCAAAAAGAGUGGAAAACAUACACAAAAGCAGACAUCAAAUAAGGUUCAUUUAAUUCUUUUUUUGGUUGUAUAUUUUUUCGUAGGAGCUGGUUGGGGUUUUUUUUUUCUUUUUUCUUUUUUGUGGGUACUAGUUAUGUUUAAUACACCUGUAAUUUAAAGUCAUAUAUACCGAUCAUACCUUCAUUAUUAUUAUUUUUAGUGAUUAAUAUUUUUUGUAUUGAA